GAAAUGCAGUGGGGAGCCGUCCCUCAGGCAGGUCCUUGUCGACGGCGCGCAGACUACCGCCCACCCCACCCAUCACAUAUCCCUCUGUCACGCAGACCCCACCACCACCGCUCGACGGUCGGUAGCCAGUGUGUGUGUGUGUGUGUGGCGCACAUACCGCGGCGCACAUCGCCUCAAUGGAAAGUCUGGUCGGGUCGCAGCGCGGACGGGGGUGUGCGCUGCGCGCGCAUAGUCCGCCCGCCGACCUUGCGAUGGCCCUGCUUGACCUGUGGUCGGCCGGAGGCGCGGCCGUACUGCAGUCGCAGCAGCGCCGUGACGGAGGCAGGACGCUCACGGACCGGUACCGACGGACGACGCAGCGCGGGCGAUAUAGAAGACAGCUCGACCGACAGCCAGCCGCAGCAACCAUGGCCGCCGAACCGUUUGACUACAACACCAUCAGCAUCAGCGCCAACUACCUCUUGGAGAGGACCAAGCACCGUCCUGCCAUCGGUAUCGUCUGUGGAUCGGGACUAGGCAGCCUGGUGGACCACCUGAAGGAGCGCGAGGCGUUCCCUUACGAGAAGAUCCCCAACUUUCCUGUGUCGACGGUGGCCGGCCAUGACGGUCAGGUCGUGUUCGGUCUCCUGAACGGCGUGCCCGUCAUGUGUAUGAAGGGUCGUUUCCACAGCUACGAGGGAUACCCACUAUGGAAGACGGCGAUGCCGAUCAGAGUGAUGAAGCUGGUCGGCGUCAACAGCGUCAUAGUCACCAACGCCGCCGGCGGCAUCAACGACAAGUACCACGUCGGAGACGUGAUGCUCAUCAAGGACCACAUCAACAUUCCGGGAUUCGCCGGAAACUCCCCACUCGUCGGCAAAAAUGACGAGAAUUUCGGGCCUCGGUUCCCGGGCAUGUCGAACGCCUACGACAAACAGCUUCGUCAGGAGGCCAAGAACGUGGUGAAGGAGAUGGGUAUCGAGGAGAGCGUCCACGAGGGUGUGUACGUCAUGCUCGGGGGACCCUCCUACGAGACGGUGGCCGAGCUGCGGCUGCUCCGGCUGCUCGGCGCCGACGCCGUCGGCAUGAGCACGGUGGCUGAGGUGGUGGUGGCGCGCCACUGCGGUAUGCGCGUGUUCGCGUUCAGCCUGGUCACCAACAAAUGCAUCAUGGAGUGGGACUCGGACGAGGAGGCCAACCACGAGGAGGUGAUCGCCGCUGCCAACGCCCGCAAACACCACCUACAGGAGCUGGUGGGGCGCAUGGCGGCCCGCAUGGCCCAGUGAGGGCCCACCCGGGGCCGUUCGCCGGUCAUGUGAGAGCCCACGGGCCCCGCUAGGCUUCCUGCGUGGCUCAUAAAGAGCUAUCUGGUGUCUAGUCUUCUUGAGGAGGUGUGACAGAGGCUGAAGCAAAGACUAUGACGAGAGCCGAGGCUGGGGUGCAGGAGAGGUAGUGGAAAAGCGGGUGGCACGAUCGAGCUUAAGCUAAACUGUUGUUUGGAGCUGGCUAAAAUUGAGUUGGAGUUUUACUGGUUAUAGGCUCAGCCCAACCGCAGAGGCCAGACUUCGUUAUUUGGGACUUCAGAGUGAACCUCUGCAAAGCUUCAGCAUUGUCCCUCUCGUUGUCAGGUGAAAGAAGUAUCUUUUUUUAAUUGAUUGUUCGAUGCAUUCCAUAGAAAUGCAUUCCACAUAAUCAAAAAGUAUAUGGCUUGUAGCAACUGCCCUUUUGUAUUUCGGUAGCACGCAAAAGACGAUUGGGUACCUAUCCGCCUCGCUUUGAUGAGGCAAUGAUUCCAGUAGUGACUUGUUUAGCGUCGUAUAUGUUAUUUAGUGUGUUCAUAUCAUGCGUAGUGCCAGCCUCUGGUCUGAAACAUUCCCAAUGUCUCGAACAAUGAUGAGCAGCCUAAAUCAAAACUCAGAACUUCCGGUGCAUUAGCAGCUCGUAGUUUUUGUAAGCGCAUUUACACGGUUUUCCGUUUUAUGUAACUGUUAUUUUCCACCUGCUUUUAAUUGCUGCCUUGAAAACAAUCAAAAUGCGAUGAUGCUUUUGGUGUUCGUCUCUGUCUUUCUCAUCUUUUGCGUCUCAUUAUCGCUGAGAAAAUCAGCAUUUUAUGGCUUCUGUGACAUUUAUUCAAAAUCUCAGGCGGACCAAUGCAUUCAUAAUGUUUUCCUUGAUGUAGGCACGUUUUGUUCCAUGUUUCUGCAUUUCUCGUCGCUCUGUGCAAUGUUCAUUAGAAGCAUGUACAUCGGUUGAAAGAACGUUGUGUGUCUUGUUCACGUCUCCAUUUGUUGCUUGUGCAUGAUGGCAACGUGUAAAUGGUAUAAUAAAUUGAUAUCGUCUUUAUUGAAUAA